GGCGUGCGCUGGGCCACCGUGACUCACUCUCUUCGGGGGAGACCCCGUCCACUGCCCUCUUCAGCCUCGGGGGCCAGAGCGCGGCCAGAGGUGCAGCGAGACAGCCAUGUCUGAGCCCGAGGUCGCAGCCGACGACCUGGACGCCUUCAUCGACGACCUGGACUACCUCCCGGGCCACUUCCACCUAGAGAUGCAGCUGAACUUCGAGCCGCAUUCGCCGGCCCCGCUGCGCGCCCGGGAUCUGAAACUGCAGCGGGAGGCCGUGCAGCAGGAGCUCGAGCUGGCGGCCGUCCCACAGCGGUCGGCCGUGUGUCACCUGCUGGGUGCUUUCGCCUUCUACCUGGAGGAGCUGGACGAGGCCCGGGAGCGCUUUCUCCAGGUGGUCCGCGAGGACCCGGGCAACCUCAAUGCCUGGGCCAAUCUGGCACAUGUGUACGGGCACCUGGGCGAGGAGGAAGAGGAGGAGGCUUGCGCCGCGCGACUGGCUGACCUCAUGGGCCUGGCGGCGGACCCGGAGGCACCCGCGGACCCCCAGCUCCGCGCUGCACGCUGCCUGGCGGAGCAGGGCUACGCGCACGGCUUCGACGUGGGCUGCGCCAGCCUGAAAGAACGCGCACGGGUACUGGCAGCUGGCAUCGCGCUCUAUGACAAGGCGCUGGGCUACGGGCAGCAGAUCCCGAUGGAGGAGAAAAGGGGCUGGUACUUCACCAUGGCAACCUUCCUCAUCAGGCUGGAUGGCAUCUUCCUGGAGCAGGGCAGCGAGGAGCAGAAGAGGCUGCCUGCCUUCAACCGCACGCUGGCCCUGCUGCGGCAGGUCCUCAAGUCCUCGGACCCCCGACACCGAGCGCUGGCCUGGUGCUAUCUUGGGAUGCUGCUGGAGAGGAAGGACACCUUCUCCACCACCCCUAUGGGCGUCCAUGACUGUGGGUACUCCGGGACUGACCCCCUGGACUGCUUCGGCAAGGCCAUUGAGAUUGCCAAGGACCAACCUCCUAUCCUGAAUCACCUGGCCAAAAUCUUCCACUUCCUAGGAAAGCAGGAUAUGGCCAUUGGAACCUGUAACAUGGCCCUGGAUGUCCUACGAGAUCCAGAGCUCAACUGGCAAGCAUACUGCACAAGGGCCAAGAUCCACAUCAGAGCCUACCUGCACGACCUGACACGGGCCAAGAUGGGGCUUGGGGGCAUGCCGGACAGGAAACACCUGGCCUGCGCCAAAGCUGACCUUGAGGAAGUAGUCAAGGUGUGCCCAGGCCUCAGGACAUACCUGGACAUUGGCCAGGUCUACUACUACAUGGGCGUGGACGCCAUGCGGGAGCUGCUGGCGGUGGACGAGGCGGCGCUCAACCAGGCGCUGGUCUUCCUGGCCAAGGCCGGCGAAUUCGAGCUGGGCGCCACGCUGCCCGAGCUGCAGCUGCUACGAGGCAAGUGCCUGCGCAUCAAGGGCGAGGAGGCCAACGCGGCGGCCUGCUUCAAGCGCGCCGUGGAGCUGGACGACAUGGGCUCCAGCCACACCGAGGGCUUCGGAUGCCUGCUUGAGGCGCUGCUGGUGCAGUGGAGCCAGGCGCAGCUGAGCGACGGCGAGCUGGGACUCGAGGUGGAUGCCUGGCUGCGCCACGCCCGGGGCAAGUACCCGGAGGCCUGUCUGCGCCAGGAACUGCAACGCGUGUGGCGCGGCCACACGGACGAGAUGCUGGGGGUGGCUGGGGCCUUAGUGGCCCAGGGACGGCCAGCGCUAGUGCGGAUGCUUUUCGAAACCAUGGAAGUAGAAGGUGAGAGUGGUGGAGAGGCGCGCAGGCGCCGUGCGCUCUCCUUCUGAGUCGCAGGAGUCCAGGCCCCGCCCCGCAGAGGUUCUGAGCCGGUUCAAGGCGCUGAAGUUGGGCGCCCCUGCCACCCGCAGGCUGCUUGAGGUAGCCAAUCAGAUUCCUUUUCCGAAACUGAGAGGUGGACAUUGAGACUAAGGCAGUUCGAGCUGCCCACUAAGGCCUGACUGCCAGUUUGGGGACUCUCAUGAGCCAUUCUCUAUAAGAAGAUAAGGGAUUGCCCUGUGUGGGAGUGCACACCUGUGAUCCCAACUGCUGAGGCAGGAGGACUGCGAUUUCAAGCCCACGCUGGGCAAAUUGGGCAAGACCCUGUCUCAAAAAACAAAAGACUAACGUUGACUGUUGACUGCAGUCUCGGGUCCUGCAGCCGGAAAAAUUUCAGAGUGGACUCAAAGGCAAGGUGACACAGUGAGUGGACUAAGUCAGGGCCUUAACUUAAACCUGAGUGCUCAGUCCUUUCACCACCUCCUACCAGUUUUCCAGCAGGUGUCAUUCUUGGUCUGCUUGGUCCCAAAGUCCUCUGGAAUUCCUUGGAAUAGAAUUUGUCAAUAGAACCUUUACUUGACUUCUCUGUUCUGGAGAAAAUCUAGGGGCCCCACCCAUUAGGAAAUGCCACCUACUCUCAAUCUUGAAUCUUCUAUGAGAGAAUGAGGGAGAACUUGGACCUUUAUGUUCUGUAAUCAUCAUCACAGAAUCUUAGAUGUGGAAUUUUGUCAAAGCCUUAGUAGACCUGAUAGCCACCAAAUUGUACAAGGGUUGAGCUAGAUUCUGUGGUCUCACACACAGAAGCUACUUUAACCCCAAAUCCCAGAUUAAGUUUUUGCCAGAGACCAGAAAGGCAAGAUUUAUGAUUUUUUUUUUUUUUUUUGCAUCUUUUCCUUUCUUUGAAGAGCUAUCCUCCCUGCAUUGUUCAUGGCCAUGGUCCUCAGGCUCCACCAGGGACAGGGUGGCAGCCUUGCACUGCAGCUCUAUAUUGGUUUUUGAAACCAUGGAACUAGAGGAUGAGAGUGGUAGAGUGGCACCACUCUGAAGUGCAACACCGUCUGACCCCUUCACUAUGCAGAUGGAAAACUGAGAGUCACAGAAGGGAAGCAUUUGCCCAAAGUCCCACUUCCUGUGCUCCUUGCCCUGAAUCUCAAGCUUACUUUCAACAUUUUUAAGGUUUGGAAAAAUAAUAGUAAACUGAUCAAUGGUAAAACA